AUGAUUGUUGCUUGGAUUUUUAAUACCAUUGAGCCAACCGUUCGCUCCACAAUUUCUUAUCGUGACACUGCUUAUGAUCUUUGGGAAGAUAUUAAACUUCGUUUUUCACUGGGUAAUGGUAUAAAGAUAUAUCAAUUGAAGUCCGUUGUUGCUAGUUGUAAACAACAGCCUUCUGAGCCUAUAUUAGAAUAUUAUGGACGUUUAAAGAAGCUAUGGGAUGACAUCAAUGACUUUGAUGCUCUUCCUUUUUGCACUUGCACUGGUUGUAGCUGUGGACUCAAUGUUACUCUCCGUAACAGACGUAUGGCUGAUCAGGUGCGUCAAUUCCUUAUGGGUCUUCAACCAUGCCAUGACAAUGUUAGAUCUAAUCUCUUGGGUACAGAACCGCUGCCUUCUAUACAUGCUGUAUACUCACGUCUUAUACAAGAAGAGGAAGUUCAGAUGCAUAUUCAACGCAGAGCUGAGACAUCUGUUACCCCUAUGGCGUUUGCUACACCCAGCCAAAAGCCGUCAGCUUCCAAAUCAGGAGGGGGGUCGAAAUCCCUAUUAAAGUGCACUUACUGUGGUUUUCAUGGUCAUCUGGAGGACCGAUGA